UUAACAACAUGUCUUAUAGAUGCGCAAACUACAAGAUCGCGUCCAGAAAACGAAGGACCAAGUCCAAAAGUCCCGAGAAAACUACGAAAUGGCCAUCAACGACAUCAACGCCUAUAACGCCAAGUAUAUGGAGGACAUGACGGAGGUGUUCGAAAAGUGUCAGCGAAUGGAAGCUCAGCGACUUCAGUGUUUCAAGGACAUCUUGUUCGAUGUGCAAAAGUGCUUGAACAUCACGGAAAAUCCAGAAAUGCCCCAAAUCUACGAGGAGUUUUACCAUACUGUGAAUAACGCGGAUCACGAGCAAGAUCUCCGGUGGUGGUCCAACACACAUGGAGUGAACAUGGCCAUGAACUGGCCUCAAUUCGAGGAAUACAUGGAAGAAUUCCGGGACAUCGCCAAAGGCACCAUUCACAAGAAAGGCGGAAUUGCUGACGGUAGCAUCACCCUAAUCAACCAGCGACACGUCGGAGAUGACCUACCUGAGUAUAACCCUGUGGCACCCAAGCAAAAUGGGAGUUCCAAUCACAAACCACCGAGUCGGAACAACGGGCAUUCCAUGGCGAAAGUGCCUUCUUCAACGGGGAGUAUUCAACAACAGUCUGGACCUCCUUUGUCUAAAACAGCUAAUAACGGGCAAGCACUGAGAAGACCCUCUGUCCUCCAAGAAAGAAUCCCACCGGAUGUUAUUGAAAACUUAGGCCGUCUUGACCGUCUCGAAAGAACAAAUGGAGACUGUAUUUAUGAGGAAAUCCAAGAGCGUUACAGUAACGGAGGUGUGAGCAAGGAUUCAAAUCCGUUCGAUGAAGACGAAUGGGAAGAUGAGCACGUGGAACCGUUGGUUGAUAAUGGUGAGCCUGGAGUCAAAGUCAGAGCCCUCUAUGAUUAUGAAGCAGCUGAAGACGAUGAAUUGAACUUCAAAACAGGGGACAUUUUCGAAAAGUUGGAGGAAGAGGACGAACAAGGUUGGUGCAAAGGUCGCAAGGAUGGGAAAGUUGGCCUUUAUCCGGCCAAUUAUAUUGAAGUCGUAGACUAACUGAUGGACCCAAAACCAUGGAAGUCCACCUUUGAACUCCCCACAAGACAUUCGAACGCUUCCAUGCAAGAAGAUCAUCACAGCAGCCACAGCAACAAUAUUCAUGAACGCUACAAUAAUCAUCAUGAUCACCACCACAAAUACAACCACAUAGUGCUAGAAUUUUCUAAAACGAAAUCAAAAAGGCUCGUUCUAAGCGCCUUACGUAGACACUUCAUUGGUUAUGAGGCCAACGUUUUACAGGUCUCUUGGAGUAUGAUUCCGCGAUCCGAUGAAAAGUGCAUUUACUUCGUUCCCUGCUUUUUGAAAACAGAAAUAAUGGGGAAAUGUCGAGGAAUCUGAAAAAUUGGUUCUGCCAACCCCUCUCCAACUCUUCAAGAAAUCAAAACGGCUCUUUUCCACUCAUGCGAUUCCAUGCAAAUAAUUCUUCAGUAAAGUUGUAAAAGUGAUAUUUCAUGUUCAAUAGUACAGUUUGUCAACACCCCAAACCUUGAGUCGUUUCUUAUCCACCUUGUUCUUACCCAAUAACUAUUCUUCUUCCUCUUCUUAGUCUGUCAGUCUGUCUGUCUGUCUGUGUCUUGUAUUCGAAAAGAAUUAUUCGUUGCCCUUGAUGACAAAGACAGUUUGCAAUGCGAGACCUAAAUGAUGAGACGCUGUAGAAUAUCCAUAAUAUAUAAUUGAAAUAGCUUAACAAUUUA